AAAUCUCAGGUCAAGUCGACCACACAGCUUCUCGGGUACCUUGUUGAUGGCGGCGCGUGGAGUGCGAUAAGUUGAACGCUACUGCGAAGCAACCUCGCUCGCGUUGCGUACGCAAGCCUAUUUCUCGUCCUCCCGGAUGGCAUCCAGCGUAUUGCCCGCUGCUCACUCCCUUGACGGCCUCGCUGGACCGCCUCUGGUUGGAUAUUUCUUCAGCUGGGCACUUCUCGGCGUACUUAAUGUUCAGAUUUAUCUGUAUUAUGUCAAGUUUCGAAAGGAUCAUACUUUCUUGCAGGUCCUAGUCUACGCCAUUCUUGCCUUAGAAUGGAUACAGACAAUACUGCUCACCGUCGACGCAUUUGAUUCCUUUGUUUACCACUAUGGCGAUCCGGCCGCAUUGACAAGCACAAAUCGUCCCGGAUGGUUCUCGCUCCCCCUUCUUUGUGGGCUGGUUUCGACGCCGGUGCAAUGCUACUUUGCGUGGCGGAUCUGGAAGCUGUUCAGGACUGUCAUUCUUUGCGGCAUUCUCGUGUUUUUUUCCAUAGUCCAGCUUAUUUUUGGUAUCAUCACCGUAACAGGUGUCCAGCUCAGAGAUGUGUCUACUACCAGUGAGAUAGGAUUGUCGAGAACGGCACUGGCAGUCGACUGCAUCUUUUUGGGCGGAAGUGCCCUCGUUGACGCUAUCAUUGCCGUGGCAAUGACCAUCUUGCUGUUGAGACUCAAGAAUGGCAUGCUGAAGACGGAUAUGAUGAUCAACAAGGUCAUCCGUUUCGGUGUCGAAAGCGGCAUUCUCACGGCCAGCGUCGCAAUAAUCGGCCUCGUGUUGGCGAUGGGAUGUCCGGGAAAGCUGUACUACGAGCCUGUCAUAUACAUCCUGAGCAAGUUGUACGCCAACACGUUCAUCACCAACCUUCUCAACCGUACCAUGGACCGCACGAAUUCCGGCAGCGCGAUCCGCAAUACCAGCUGGGCCCGGGAUACAAUGCAAAUAGACGUCGAGAUGGCUGGCAAUGGUAUCCCUCCGGGCAAGACUGCUCGUUGACAUCAGCCGUGUUCUCGUCAUCCUCAACUGACAUGCGCAUCAUUGACAGUCAUAUCUUUUGUCGGGUACGACGGCGAGUGCUGCACAAUGGUGUCGGCCCCGUUGAACGACUUGGACAUAUGCAAGCAAGGACUCCUUCAUCAGUCAUAUACAGAGGUCGCUCGUUGCUCGAGUGGAUUUCGUGGUUCUUGUUGUGAUGCCCUAUUUAAUCGUCGCGCAUGUACUUACCAUACAAUGUGGA